AUGUUAGCUCAAUCUCCUGUACACGAAACAUCAUUAGGCGGACAUUAUCAACAUCGACAGAAUUCCGUAACGACAACAACAACUACAGCACCAACACCAUUAACUACAACUCGACCAUUGCCAUCAUUCUCUUCUACAAUAAAUCAACAAUCUUUGCCGACAACAACACAUCAACCAGAAGAAGAACAAAACAACACUGACGAAAAAUCGAUCAACCCUCAACAACAGCAACACCGACCACAAACAACAAAUCAAUCCACCUCGUCCACUAAUCAAUCGUCCAAUGAUGCAGAGCAGACUUUACAUAAAAUCAAAUCUCCUUCUGGUAUUCCACGACUGUUUUCUUUGAAUGAGUCAUUGACUAACAGAUUAAAUAAUAAUAAUCAUAAUAAUAAUAAUCAUUCGUCUCCGAUUACUUCACCAAAUGUGUCAUCCAAUGGUAAAACCUACACUACUACCAAUCAUACUACUAAUAAUCAUAAUUCAGUAGAUUCUAACAAAAUUUUCACAAAUCAUUCAACAUCAUUACAACAAAUCAAUAAUAUAUUGAAUUCUACACAAAAAAAUUCUCAACCAACUUCAACAUUCUCUUUAUCACCAACAAAUGAUGUUGGUGGUGGUGGUAGUAGUAGUAGUCAACGUGUUAGUCGACCACGUACUAUUAGUAAUAUGUCAACAACACAACCGGUUGUCAAUAGACAAGAUCGAGCUAUGUCUGAAUAUCCUCAUAAAACAAUCGAUACAGAAUCGGAUUCAUCAAGUGUAUUCUCUAGCAGUGGCCCACCAAGACCAAUUUCAUCAAAAGUUGGAUCAUUUCAAAAUGCAAAACAUAAACCUGGAGGAGGAAAUGUACAAAUUUUCAAUGAAAAAGUUGUAUUGAAUACAGUAACAGGAAAGUGUAAUUCAUUGGCCAAUGUCAAGCAUAAACCAGGUAUAUUUUUAUUGAAGUGUUAUAUUUCUAUGAGUUGUUGCGUAUGUAUGUCUGUCGGUGUUCUACUACUGCUACUGUAG